CAUCACCGCUGAUCGUUUUGCCGAAUUAAAAAAAAUGCCAAAUUCAUUAUUUUUAUUAACCGCUUUGACUCUUUUCCUCUGCUUAUGGAAUUCGCUUUUAAUUGAAACAUUAAAAUCAUGCCCUUUGGAAUGCAUUUGCUUGUCACAGACUCAAGUUCUCUGCAAUACUGGCGGUUUGCAUCACAUACCAUUGCGUCAUUUACCAGGCAACGUUGAGCAUUUAUCAUUGACCAAAAAUCAUUUUCCCAUCAUCAAAACCGAUGCUUUUGCCGGUUUACGUGCUUUAAAAAAGCUCUCGCUCGAUGGUAAUAAUAUAACAAAAAUUAAACAAUUUGCAUUUCGUGGCCUGCCCAGGCUCAAAGAGCUAUCGAUACAAUAUACACCGUUAAAAGCAAUAGCACGUUUCGCUUUUGCUGGCCUGCAGAAUCUCUCGACAAUACUGCUGACACACAAUCAAAUCGCCACAAUUGAAGCUUACGCAUUUGCUGGCACAUCGAAUGUCAAAUUGAUAUUGCUUACCAAUAAUCCAUUGUUACGCAUUGAAAGUUUCGCCUUCUCGAGUCUCACACAAGUGGGUCAUUUGCUGCUACCGGCCGGUAUACGCAUUAUCGAACCAGAUACAUUUUAUGGCAUGUUCACAGUGGGCUUACUCAAAUUAGCUUAUAUGGAUCUCGAGCAUAUAAAAGCGUUCACAUUUCGUGGCCUCUCGCAUGUGCUACUGCUUACCAUACAAGAAUCCGACUUGGGAGUGAUAAACAGCGAAGCAUUCGCCGGUCUAACGCAUGUGGAAACAUUGCAAUUAUUCAACAAUAAGAUUGAUAUCAUCGAAGCUUUGGAUUUUAAUGAGACAGCUGCUAUUAAGUAUUUGAAAUUUCACGGUAAUCAUUUUUUGCAAACACCUCCGUCGGAGGCCAUAUCUCUCGAUGGCGUCCAUCAUUUGGAAUUAGUAGACAAUUACUUUCCAUGCGGCUGUCAACUGCAAUAUUUACUUGAGAGCCCAUUCGCAACGAAAUCGUUCAAUUCGACACGCAAUCUGCUGGAGAAAAACUAUUGUAUAUCGCCAAUUGAAUUAAAUGGCCAUUUAAUGGCCGAUGUAGAAUACAAUGCACCAUGUCAGGAGCAUUUAUUGCAAGGCACUCUAGAAUCAACGGCAGCAUUACGCUGUGACAGAACAAUAAAAACAAUACCAGUAGUCAUAGUUUGCAUAUCAAUAAAGUUUUUGCAUUUAACUAUUAAAUUUUCAUAG